UUGUAUAGGAUCUUGAAUGCCGGAGAGCGGGAGAAGAGCUUGCGGUUGGCUUUCCAAUUUUUUCACAAAUAAUAAUAAAAAAUAAUUUCCCAAUUUUCCAAACAGAAACUGUAAUCGCUUCGUCCCCUCCAUUUUUCUCCGCACAACUCACCUCCACUGUGUGUCGCACACGACACAGUAUUGAGACGCCGUCGGAGAUGCUUAAUUCCAUCUGAUCAACGCGGAGGGAAGAGCGCAGCAGCCUGCGAUGCGCCUAAGCAUUCUAACCCUAACUCUCGAAAAUGUCGUCUCCGCCCGAUCAGAACGCUGUUUUCGACCCCAACAAUCCGGGAAGGAAGCGGCAUUUCACCUGGCCCGAACAAUUAUCCGGCGAGAGGUUCGACCAGAACGAGGUAUUGAAGCACGUGAUCCUCAAGCUGCACCUCCGCUCUAUCUCCCACUCAGGUUCCACCACUCCUCAAUCCGAGUCGGAGGCCGACUCCGAAUCCCUGAAUUCGAGCCCGCUCUCCGCCGCGCCGGAUUACUCCAGAGCUUUGUCUGAUGAGUUGUUGCUGAAUAUUCUCAGCAGAAUUUCGGACAGGAAACAGCACUUGUCGAAUUCGCUGGUGUGCAGGACGUGGUGCGUGAUUUCUGGAAGGUUGAUCCGGUCGAUUAAGGUAUUGGACUGGGAGUUUUUGGAGUCGGGGAGGUUAAAUUUACGGUUUCCGAAUUUGGUAGAUGUUAAUAUUGUGCCUGCUAGUAUUAAUUCCGAGAGGAAUUCGGGGAUUUUGUUGAGUAGUAGAUUGUUGGAGGUUUACCUGAAUUCGGAUGUGUUGGGAAAUAAUGGUUUUUUUGUUAGGAAAGAUGAUAUUUUGGAUAGUGAGGGGAUUGAUAGAGGUGUGAAGAUGUUGGCUAAGGGAUGUAGAAACUUGAGAAGAGUAGUUAUGAUGAAUGUUAGUGAGGAGGGGUUAGGCUGCUUGGCCAAUGAGUGUGAAUUACUUCAGGAAAUGGAGUUGCAUUGUUGUGGUGAUUUAUCACUGAAGGGGGUUUGUAAGUUCAGAAAUUUGCAGAUAUUGAAACUGAUUGGGAGAAUAGGUGGGGUUUAUGAUACAGUGGUUUCAGAUAUUGGAAUGACCAUCUUGGCACAGGGGUGCGGACGAUUGGUGAAGCUCGAAUUGGUAGGAUGUGAGGGGAGUUAUGACGGGAUCAAGGCUAUCGGGAUGUGUUGUCAGAUGCUAGAGGAGCUGACUCUCUGCAAUCAUAGGAUGGAAGGAGGGUGGUUAGCGGCCUUGUCGUAUUGUGGGAACUUGAAAACCUUGAGUAUCCAGUCAUGUAAGUAUAUUGAUGACAAUCCAGGACCGGAUGAGCACUUGGGGUUGUGCCCGAUGCUUGAGGAGUUGCAUUUGAGACGGUGUCAUAUGCGGGGCAAACGUGGUGUUAGGGCGUUGUUUGUGGUGUGUCGGAAUAUCAGGGUCCUAGAGAUAGAGGACUGUUGGGGAUUGGAUGACAGCAUAUUUGCUGUUGCAACGAUUUUUAGGGCCAUAAGAUCUCUCUCACUGGAAGGUUGCUCACUACUGACAACUGAAGGAUUAGAAUCAGUAAUUCUUUCUUGGACUGAAAUUGAUAGGCUUAAAGUAAUUUCAUGUAGCAAUGUGAAGGACAGUGAGAUAACUCCAGAAUUAGCAACCUUGUUUUCUGAUCUCAAAGAAUUGAAAUGGAGGCCUGAUUCUCGGCUGCUAUUGUCAUCAAGCCUGACAGGGACAGGAAUGGGAGAAAAAGGUGGUAAAUCUUUGAAGAGCAAGUGAGGCAGGGAUGUUGCAGAAUUGAUAUUUGUAUGAAGCAGUCUCCAUACAUCAUUCUUGUAGCAGAUGCUGUCAAAGAGUAACAAGGUACUAAAUUUUGCCCGGGAAUGGCCACAGGAAUAAUUUUAGGUUAUACUCUCUCCGUCCCAUGAAUCUUGACACGUUUGGUUUCGGCACGUUUGGUUUUGCCCACAGGAAUAAUGUUAGGUAAUAAUUAUUACCUUAUUUGGAAAUGUGUCAAGAUUCGUGGGACGGCCCAAAAAAGAAUACGUGUCAAGAUUCGUGGGACGGAGGGAGUAGUAUAUAAGAGCACGACCACUUUCAAAAAUAGUAAGUUAUAUUUUUCGAUCAAAUAUCACCUUACUAUUUUUGGAAAUAAUAAUUUUUUUUAUUCAAUUGUACAGAUAUUUUUUUUGUUAUAAUCUUUUCUAUUGAUGCAAACGUGUAGUUCUUAUUUAAAAUAGAAUUGUUGCUUAACACUAUCUUAUAUGACCAAUAUUGUAUGU